AUGUCGACCAAGAAGAAGAUCCCUUCUCGUGCCGCACAGCACAGCACCCGCCCCAAUGACCUCGUCUACGAUGCCGCGCUACUCUUCUGGCGCAUGGUCACCAACAUCUUCUUCCGCGAAAUCCGGCCUCGCGGAGCAUUCAACAUCCCAAGACAAGGCCCCGUCAUCUUUGUUGCAGCACCACACAACAAUCAGUUCCUCGACCCCCUGCUCCUGUACCGGGAAGUCCACCGAGAAACGAAUCGCCAUGUACAGUCCCUCAUUGCUGCGAAGAGUAUGGAGCGAGCAUUCGUUGGGUUUGCGGCAGGCAUGAUGGCCAGCAUCCCUGUUGUACGAGCCGCCGACAGCGCAAAGCCGGGCGCAGGCAUGGUGUCACUGUCCGACGAGGACGCUUGCCUCGUCAUCGGUCACAACACAAAAUUCAUGUCCGAGUUCACCCCGAAGAUGCAGAUGAUGCUCCCUCGGUCGCUGGGCUCCGCCGUGGCGGAAGUGACGGAGAUCAUAUCCGACACGCAACUCCGCAUCCGGAAAGAGUUCUCGGGCGGCGCGAAGAUACGGGAAAAAAUCCAGGAGGCCCGCGCGGAGGGCAAGCAGGGGCUGACAUAUAAACGUCUACCGUUCGUGGACCAGGCGGAGAUGUAUCAGUAUGUAUACCAGUGCUUAACCGAGGGGGGCGCCAUCGCCAUCUUUCCUGAAGGUGGUAGCCAUGACCGUACAGACCUCCUACCUCUCAAGGCCGGGGUGUCUAUGAUGGCUCUUGGUGCCAUGGCCAACAAUCCCGACCUUAAGGUCAAGAUUGUCCCCGUCGGUCUCUCGUAUUUCCAUGCCCACCGCUUCCGUUCGAGGGCAGUCAUCGAAUUUGGAGCGCCGCUUGAUGUCCCUCCAGAGUUCGUAGAGAUGUUCAAAGAAGGUGGCCCCAAGAAGCGAGAAGCCGUGAGCAAGUUCCUGAACGUCAUCUACGAUGCUCUCAAGACGGUCACCUUGAGAGCGCCUGAUUACGACACUCUUAUGCUCAUCCAGGCCGCCCGGCGAUUGUAUAAAACUCCAGGCCAGCAUCUAACGCUGGGACAAGUCGUAGAACUGAACAAGCGUCUACUGGCUGGGUAUAUGCACUUCAAGGACGAGCCUAGGGUCCAGAAGCUUCGGACCGACGUCCUGAGGUAUAACCGACUUCUUCGAGAUCUUGGCCUGCGGGACCACCAGGUUCCUCGGGCCCAGAAAGCGGGCUGGAAAUCCCUCGGACUGUUGCUUUACCGGCUGGGUCUUCUAGGUGUCUGGACCAUCCUCGCUCUGCCUGGGGUAGUCUUGAAUGGCCCCAUCUUCAUCACUGCCUCGAUUAUCUCACGCAAAAAGGCUAAAGAGGCUCUUGCAGCCUCCGAAGUCAAGAUUGCUGGCCGAGACGUACUGGCGACAUGGAAGGUGCUCGUAGCCCUUGGCGUUACUCCUGUGCUCUACACGUUCUACGCCAUUGUUGCCGCCGUAAUAGCGACCAAGGCGGGAGCUCCUAUAAAGUGGAGAAUCUGGACGCCAUUCAUUGUCCUCAUGAUUCUUCCCAUGAUCGGUUACGCAGCGCUCAAGUUCGGAGAGGCCGGGAUGGACGUUCUGAAGUCCCUGAGGCCCCUCAUUGUUGCUCUUAUACCCGGCCAGCAACGGUCAUUGGAGAAGGUCAAGCGUAUGCGACAAGAGGUCUCCAACGAGCUUGUUGAGACGAUCAACGAGUACGGCCCGGAAAUAUUUGAAGACUUCCACCAGUUCCGCAUCCUCGUGCCUUCUGCUACUGCUCCCCCGUCGAGCGAUCAUCAAGGUAUUUGGCGAAGGAAGAGUGCGACGGGCGGCGUUGACGCACAAGGCAACCUCCUUGUGCACCCUAUGACUUGGCUUGACGAACGCCUCUUCGGCUGGUCUCGUAGCGCGCGACGCGGUACUAGCGCCUGGGCCGGGGGCACUCGCUCGACCGAGAUCAGCCGCGCCGCUACACCCGACGUCUCCGACGAGGAGGACGCGCCCGACUACGACGACUUCCUCCACAUUCCCGGCGGCGAGAGUUCGUCGCUGGCCUCUCAUCCACGUUCCCAGCGCUCUUCAUAUGCCGACCUCCAGCGCCUCCGCCGCUCCCCUUCGCACUCUGGGCUGAACCCGCUCUCACCCAUCAGCCCCAUGGCCGCCACCGGUGGAUCCACCGCCGGCGCGGACAAGGACAAGGACGGGCUGCACUUCCGCGGACAGACGCGUUCGCGCAAGCCGAGCCUCUCCGACGGCGUGCCCGUCGUGGAUAUCAGCCUCGUCGAUCGCGCGGAGGCCUUCAAGGACGCGACCAUGGACCUCAAUCAGGAGAUGCGCAAGCGGCGCAACAGCAACAGCUAG